AUGGUAACAUUUGCUGUGGUAGUAUUGCUGGCCCUACCUCAAAUGGCCUGCCAGGUUCCUAUCGCUAAAUGUUCCAUGGGCGACCCCCUUCAAAUUUUUCACUCAUCUUUCCAGUCAGGAGACCUCAUCAUUGGUGGCAUUAUUUCUCAAAUUUAUAUGUUUUCUGACCUUACAACAUUUGUAAGACAUCCCUCUCAGGACCUCUUAGAUGAUCUCAUAUAUUGGGUCGCAAGCAGGACCUAUCAAGCUUCAGUGGAACUUCUCUCAACUAGGAGCAGGUUCAUCGCUAACUAUAAGUGUGACACCGAGAACAAUCUGGUAGCAGUUAUAGGAGGACCUAGCACUGACAUAGAUCUCCACAUGACAAAUGUUUUGAGCACCUAUAAGGUUUUACAGCUGACAUAUGGCUCUUCUUCAGUUAUGACCGAGAAAAACCAAGCUCCUUUCUCCCACUGGAUGUUCCCAAAUGGGGACCAUCUGUCUAAGGGGAUUCUCCACUUACUCCUGUAUUUCAGAUGGGUGUGGAUUGGGGUAUUUUAUCUGGAUUUUGAAAGUGCAAAGCAAUUCCUACAGAACGCCCUUUCCUCUUUCUCCCAAAAUGGUGUCUGCUUUGCUUUCAUUGAGAUGUUACCAAUAACAUCCUUUCUCAAUAAUUUCAUAGAAAUGGCAAUUGAAGGCACAGAGGCGUACAAGACUGCCAUGAAUAGCACUGCUUCUGCCAUUGUUGUACAUGGUGAUAUUCAGACCUUGAUGAUUUUGAGAACAAUUGACCACUUUUUAAUAUUAGAAGACAUUUCAAUAAAAACAAAAGGCAAAGUCUGGAUUUUGGCUGCCCAGAUGGAUUUCACCUCACUUCCCUUUCAGAGAGAUUGGAAUGUAGACUUUCUCCAUGGGAUCCUAUCCUUUGCCGUUUACUCAAAAGAGAUUUUAGGAUUCCAUGAAUUUGUCCAGAUGAGAAAACCCACCAUGGAGAAAGAAGAUGGCUUUAUCAGUGACUUUUGGGAAGAGGCGUUUCAAUGUUUAUUGCUGAGCUCCAUGGGAGAUGGGAAAGAUGGUGAAAUCUGCACUGGACAGGAGAAGCUGGAGACUCUUCCUGAGACCGUCUUUGAAAUGAAAAUGACUGGCCACAGCUACAGCCUCUACAAUGCAGUCUAUUCUGUGGCACACGCUUUGUAUGCCAGACAUUCAUCCACAUUGAAAUAUAGAACAAAGGUGGAUAAAGGGAGCAGGCAGGUCCUAAGUCAAGAGUUGUGGCAGCUCCACCACUUUCUGAGAACUGUCAUGUUUAACAACAGUGCUGGUGAAACAGUAUCUUUUGACCAAAAUGGAGAAUUGUUAACUGGAUUUGAUAUUAUCAACUGGAUCACUUUCCCAAAUCAGUCGUUUUUGAGAGUUAAAGUUGGAAAGGUAGACCCAAAUGCUCCCUCAGAGAAAAAAUUCACCAUUCAUGAGGAUUCAAUAAUAUGGUCAAGAAGGUUUAACCAGUCACCCCCCCUUUCAGUGUGUAAUGACAACUGCAGUCCGGGUUAUAGCAAGACAAAGAAAAAAGGGGAGCCAUUUUGCUGCUUUGGUUGCUCACAAUGUCCAGAAGGAAAGAUUUCAAAUGAGACGGAUAUGGAUGACUGUUUUCAAUGUCCACGAGAUCAUUAUCCAAACAAUGAACAGAACCGAUGCCUUCCCAAAGUUAUAAGCUUCUUGUCCUAUGAGGAACCUUUGGGGUUCAGUUUGGCCAUUUUGGCCAUUUUCUUCUCUUUCAUCACAGCUUUUGUACUAAGAAUCUUCAUCAAGAACCAGAACACUCCCAUUGUCAAAGCCAACAACCGGGACCUCACCUACUCUCUCCUCAUUUCCCUCCUGCUCUCCUUCCUUUGUACUUUGCUAUUCAUUGGCCAACCUGAGAAAAUGACCUGUCUCCUUCGACAAAUGACUUUUGGCAUCAUCUUCUCAGUGGCUGUUUCUUGCGUGUUGGCCAAAACUAUUGUUGUGGUUCUGGCUUUCCAGGCCACCAAGCCAGGGUCUAGAAUGAGAAAAUGGGUGGGGAAUCAACUGGCCAUCUGCAUUGUUCUUUUCAGCUCUCUUAUUCAAGCCAUUAUAUGUGCUGUCUGGCUAGCAACAUGUCCACCAUUCCCAAAUUUUGACAUGCACUCAGUGGACGAGAAAAUUGUACUGGAAUGCAACGAAGGAUCAGUCAUCAUGUUUAACUGUGUCCUGGGUUUUCUGGGCUUCCUGUCCAUUGUCAGCUUCACUAUGGCUUUCCUAGCCAGGAAAUUACCUGAUAGUUUUAAUGAAGCCAAAUUUAUAACCUUUAGCAUGUUGGUUUUUUGCAGUGUUUGGGUGACCUUUAUUCCAACUUACUUGAGUACCAAGGGAAAGCACAUGGUGGCUGUGGAGAUUUUCUCUAUUCUAACCUCCAGUGCUGGGUUAUUGUGCUGUAUAUUUUUCCCAAAAUGCUACAUCAUCUUGCUGAGGCCAGACUUGAAUAAGAGAGGAUAUCUAAUAAGCAGAAAAAACAUUACAGAACCUUAG